AUGCACAACACAUUCAUUCGAUUUACUUUUGCCCCUUUGUUUUUGGGAGUUUUUGCGCAAGCAGUUCCAUCACAGCUUUAUUGUGUAGGGCCACAAUGGUCCAAGGAUUGGUGCGAAGCUACCGGGUUAUGGGAAACGCCCGAGCUUGCCAGACAGCAUAUUAAACAACCUGCUCACAACACGAUUUAUCUUCUUAAAACGCAAAAGGUUGAGAAUAUUCUCGAAAAGGUUGAGGGAGAAGAUGGGAAAUGGCGAUCAACAUCCACAAAGCCCAUUCCCACCCAUUUGUAUCAACAUUUCGAAACUCAUACUCGAACUGGUGGAAUCCAACGCAGUUAA